AUGUAUCUCCCAAACGCCCAAAGUAUCCUGACCGCAGGUCUCGCUAUGACCGGCACCCUCACCAAACCUAAAGAAGUCGCCUCGGGCCACAUCCUCGACUACGCCGUCGAAAGCUGUCUCGACAGCGACCACAACCGUCGCUGCACCGCCCCCUUCCUCGUAACCGGCGAGUCCUGCUACAAUAUCGAAUGGAGCACCGACGGGGUCCUCUCUCACACGACGGUUGAAGUCCGCGAUGCGGGGAGCGAUGAGAUUGUGUAUUAUCGUGACACGAAUGGGGAGUGGGAGAGUAAGAAGGGGGAGUUGGUUUAUUUGGAUUUUAAACCGAAGGUGCCGGGGCAGGGAAACAAUACGGUGGAUUGGAGUGUUAGGGCUUGUAAAUAG